AUGAGUGUGGUAAUGCAGUGUGGCGUCUUUUCUAGAGUUUAAGUACCUGCUUCUGAUAAAAGAAGAAAAAAAAACUCAAAAACGAAAAUUUGGCACGCUCACUCCUCAGAAAACUUGUUCAGUAUGUCUGGAGCCAAAGGAAAAAAGCAUGCAAAGAAAAUGAGGAAUCAGCCUAGCAGUGUCACCUUUCCUUCAACUGAUUUUGGACAAAAUAGUGCAGGAAGCUCUUCACAGGACCGAACACAGAGGGGAAAUGAAGGCGACCCCCAAUAUCAAUGGCAAGGUGGUGUGUCUGGUGGCUUUCAGCAGCAGAGAGGUCACUGGUCACAGCCUCCAGGCCCCAGUCAUCAAGGCCAAUUCAGAGGGGGGUUCAGGGGUCAGCGGGGCAGGGGAGACUGGCAAGGGGGGCAGCAGGGUCAUCGGACUCACCAGGGGUACCAGAGACAUUCACAGGGACUUCCAAAAUUCAUAACGGCAUCGUCCUUCGCUCAGGCCCGAGCAGCAGAGGUCAACGCCAUGUUGAAAGCCGUCAGAAAUAAGAAUGCCAACUCGCAGGUCUUCCAGGCUCUACCCAAGCACAUGAGGAGGAGAGCUAUGAGCCACAACAUCAAACGUCUUCCCAGAAGACUCCAGACCAUAGCCAAGAAAGAGGCAGACAAGACAUCUCAACAGAAAAAGGAAGUGUCCAAAACUAAAAGCCGCAAAGCUCGCCGGCGACACGGUAACCUGCUCCUGGAGUUUAACCGAAGGCAGCGGAAGAAUCUGUGGCUGGAAACCCAUAUUUGGCAUGCCAAAAGAUUUCAUGUGGUGAAAAAAUGGGGAUACUGUCUCGGGGACAAGCCCACUGCAAAGUGUUACAGAGCAUGUUAUCGAGCAAUGACAAAGCACUGCCUUCUCCAGGAUCUUUCUUACCAAUGCUGUCUGGAGCUGAGAGGAGCAGAGGAUGAUCUCUUGAAGGCACUUGCAAGGCUGACCAGCAGAGAUAUGGGAGCGACAUUUGCAGCUGUAGCUUGCCUCUCUGGGAAGCGCCAGGGGUCUCUGGUUCUGUACAGAGCAGACCGCUAUCCAGAGAAGCCCCUGAGUCAAGUCACUUUUAUCUGGAAACCCAAGAAGUUGCCUUCUGAAGAGAGACAGCUCUGGAUUUGGACUCACCCAACAUCUAAACAGGAUCUCCUUUCAGAACUGCUGUCAGUUUGUCAGUGCUCUGAACCCAUUGAGCCAAGCGCUCCAGUCCCAGGACCUGCCAUCUCAUCAUUGAAAGUGGAGCAAAAGGCUGAAGCCAAACUUUUAGGAAGAAAAAGGAAGAGAAAUGACAAGGAAGGGGAGGAAGCUGUAGCUGUGAAGAAGAUCAUUGGAGAUGGGACUAGACCACCACACCAGCCCGUGUCCUGGAGGUCACAAGCUACUGGAAUAGUUAUAAGUGACCUCACCAUGGAAAUUCUGAGAUUUCGUCUCAUUGGGCCGCUUUCCCAUUGUGUCCUUGCAGAUGCCUUUAAACCGGCUUCAGACUGUAAAGAGCCUAAUGGUGUGACAGAAGGGCCUUGCUCAUGGUGGUCGACGCACUGCAAGGUUGCAGAUAAUCUGUCCAUUCAUCACUGUCAAAAAGAUACCUUUCAGCUACUGAAGGGGGUUGGAUCCCCAGCAGAGAUCCCAGCAGGCACGGUUCUUGGACUCACUGUUGAUGACCCCAGACUGAGCUUGCCAAACAAGAGAAGCCAGCCCAUGCCUGAUCCCUCACAGCUGCAAGAUCUGCAGAAGAUCAGGCAGCUGACUCUGUCAGGAGUUGCAGCAGAAUGUGCCUGGAGCUCCAUCUGGGACCAAGCUGUCAGAGAUAAUGUUACUGAAAAUAAAAUUCCAGAGAAGGAACUGAAUCACAUGAAGAGUGAACUCCUGGUGCCUGGAUCACAACUGAGUCUGGGCCCAAAGGACUCCAGGAUCCCCAUCUUGCUGGUGCAACAGCCAGGGAAGCAGACCGGAGAGGAGCUCUCAGGAUGGGGCAGUGGGUGGGAUGUUCUGGUUCCAAAAGGCUGGGGAAUGGCUUUCUGGAUUCCUUUUAUAUACAGAGGAGCCCGUGCAGGAGGACUGCAGGAGGGGCUCAAGCACUCCCAGAACAAAGGAGCAGCUCACUUCCCACAUGACUUCCCAGACUGCCCGGCUGGCAUGCAGUUUGCUAAGGAACAGGAGAACGAACUCGCUGACAAAUUCAAAAGGCGUCCGCCUGCCAAAAGGCCCAAUUACAUUAAACAUGGCAGCAUCGCACCAUUUUGUUGCCCAUGGCAACAGUUAGCAGAGGAAUGGGAGAUAAUAAUCAAAGACUCUGGAGAAGAGCAACCAGCUACCUUGAAGGGAAGAGAGAGGCCUUUAUCUGCAGUUCAAGGCUGUGAAGAAGAACUUUUGAAAUCUGCUGAGACACCAAGUAAACUAAAACUGGGUUUGCAGCUCGGGGGAGUAGAUGCUGGAGUUUCGGUCCCUGAGACCAAAAAGGCAUGUGCUGAAGGGAUUGCUGGCUUCAGGGUUCUAAGGAGCAGGAAUGUGCUCAGGCAGCUGUCCAUUUGGUGCCGACCUACAUCUGGAAAAGGUCAAAGGGGGCAACGACGUGCACCUUCCUUCCAGCAGGAGUUGACCCUUGAGUCUGCUGUAUCCAUCUCUGCAGCCAAUCCCAUGUCUCUUGUUUGGGCCAGGCUGACUCUCUUAAAAAAGGGCAGCCCUGCACUGCAUGCAAUGAUUUCCAUCCCAACCACUGAGGAUUUCCAGCAGCUCAGCAAAGAUCCAGCCUACUGCGGGCCCCAAGAGCCGAAACACAGGGAUCACUUCAAGCACAAGAUCAAACAAAACAAGAAAAGCAAGAAAAAGAAGUCCCCUGCUGAAGAGACUUCUGAAGGUUCCAAAACCAGCUCCCCAGAAGGUGGCAUUUGUAGGGACCUCACCUUGGGUUUGUGGCCGGAGCCCCUGCCCAGCGUCACCUCUCACUGCUCCAGAGUUACCAUCGGAUUCGUCACACAGGGAGACUUCUCUCUCGCUGUGGGCUGUGGGGAAGCCUUAGGUUUUGUUAGCCUGACAGGAUUGCUGCAUAUGUUGUCCCGGCAACCAGCCAAUAGGCGGGGACUGGUACUGAUGAGGAACGCUGCUUCGUUGCAGUACAGAUUUGCUAAACUUUGCAUUGAAGUGUGAAGCGGAAGGGCAAGCUUAUCCAGUAAAUAAUUUUAUUAAGGCAGAGUGUAGUUCACCAUUCCAAUCAAAUCCUUCACCGGUCUGAGAGACUGCCAGUCCCCCAAAAUCCACCAGAUCAAGAAAUUGACCUGCCUAAGACUGCUUCCAGAGUAUAAAUAUGUAUUUACCCUGGCUACAUGCAUGCAUGCAUUCAUUCAUCUUUCUGGAUAAUAGCUAGAACUGAACUACACAAACAAGCAUGCGCAGACAGAUGCACAUCUUGCUGUUAUACAAUAGGGUCAUUCCAGCUCAGGUUAUAAAAAUUGCUCAUUUUGAUGACCUUGGAUAUUUGAUUGUUUUCUGUUUCUGCCUUCACUUCAGUGCCUUCAGUUCCCUGGGUAGUACACCUAUAGAUAUUAUGCUCUUAACACAUCUUUGAUUUCAGGUAAUCACCAGCGGGAGCAAGAGACCUACUGUUUGAACUCUGAACCCUGAAGCAUGGCCAUGUCCCUCACUGAAAACUCUUAAGCUGUUGCGUCUGGCAUUUCUGUAACCUGUGUUGUUUUGAUCUUUUUGGUUAAGGUAUUCAACGUUAUGUGGUAACUGGUACGUUUUAAGGAUCUGUUAUAAACAGUCAGUACAUCUCUGUUCUAAAGGAUGUUCCAAAUAUUAGGGUGGUGUUAAUAACCAACAACCAUGUGGUGUUAACCAGUGUAUUGUAUUCACAAUAAAAUCUCUUAAAUUACUUUUAGCAUGACUUGAAGCUUUAUAAGCAUUAAUGUAGUUAACUGCUAUUCACUGCAAAUAAUCAAUACAAUUUUUAUUAACACAUUUACAGCUGUCUUAUCAAUGGAUCCUUAAAGGUUACUGUGUUUACAAGAAGAGAUUUACCUUUGCUCUUAUCCCAUGCAGUGUAUUUCGCAAAAACAUUUUUUUAAGACAUAAUCCCGAUUGUUUUGUGCACACCGUAGUGAAUCCAGGUCAUGCUAGCCCCUCAACACUGCAUGUCAUUUUCUGAUUCCACAAUACACUGUUCAUUUAAAGAGCAUCACCAUUGUUGUUGGAGAGAGCAUGAACUGGCUACAACACUGUGAUGCUCAAGUAGUAUUGGGAAAUAUAUUCCCAGCUGAUGUGUGAUAAUUUAUAUCAAAACAGUAGGGAUUUUGUUUAAAAUAUAUAUUGCUGUGAUAGACAACUCAGGAUACAGUAAGGUGAAGUAAUGCAUUUCCUGAAGACACUGCAUGGUUGGUAUUAAUAAAGGGUGUUUUUGUUGUUCUUUAUAUAAGUUGAAAUUCUGGCAGACUGUGAUUGUUCUAUUAUAAAAUGAAAAAAUAAAUUGAGAUAUAAAAUAAAUAAGUAUAGACUAAUAGGUUUAACCAGAAUGAAAAACUAAGUUAAGUUGUAUAAUGUUUCAACAUUACUUGACGAAUACAUUUGUUUCAACACAAUUAAACUGCUGCACC